AUGCACAAACUCUUCCCCAUAUCACUGCACUUCUUUCACAAUCACCGCCUGUUUCAAACCUUGACUUUUAGUUCCAAUCCCCUCCUAGCUCAGACAAUCCCAAGAAUGGAGCUGCAUACUACAUCAUAUCCCGUGGACAAACGAUUACCACUAGCAGAGCGCAUGAAGCAAUACGAAUCCUCUUUCGACUUCACACUACCAGUCAACUCACCAGUCCUACUUCGCCUUGACGGCCACGGCUUCUCGCGCUUCACAAGCCACUUCUGCCGCCCCUUCGACCAGCGCAUACAUGAUGCCAUGAUAUCCACAUGCGUUGAUCUACUCCACUUCUUCCCGCAGGCAACGGUAGCAUACACACAGUCCGACGAGAUCACACUAGUAUUUCCAUUCGGCGUUCAAAGCUUCAAUAAGAGAGUGCAGAAGUUGUCUAGUCUCUCGGCCAGUCUUUGUUCAGUCCGCUUCAACGCUCAUCUAACGGCUUUCCUGGGCGCAAAUCCAGAGCCAAAAGUCAAGGAGUCGGCGUAUGAGAAACUCGGAACAGCCUGUUUUGACGCGCGGUUCUUUGCUGUGCCGUCUGCUGAGGAAGCGCUGAAUUGUCUGCUGUGGAGGUGUCGUAAUGAUGCAGUGAGGAAUGCGGUUGGGGCGUUCGCAAGGACCAUGUUUUCGACGAAAGAGAUGCAUGGUAAGAAAACGACGGAACUGCUCGAGAUGAUGGAGCGAGAGAAAGGGGUCAAGUUUGAAGAGAGUGUUCCUAAAUGGGCGGUGGAGGGGUGUUUGAUGAAACGGGAGCAGUUCGAGCAUGAGGGCGUCAAUUUGAAGACGGGAGAAACGGAAAAGACGUUUAGGACUCGGACGAGGGUUGAGGAGCGAGGUGUGAGGAUCUUCUCGGAGGAGAAUUUGAGACUUGUCACUGAGAAGUAUUGGCCAUAG